AUGUCUUUUGCUACAAACUUACCCUCGGCAAACAUGCAAAGCUCCGAGGAAGUGGCAGAGGUGCUUCCGACAUUUGUGUCUUCCAUCAGCAAGUCAUCGCCACUCAUCUUCUUUUACCACAUAAUCGACCCUGAAACAACAGCACUCACCAUCCGGGUGCUCGGAGCUAACAUCUCCUUCCAAUUCAGCCACCAGAGAGCAAAACCUUUUCUCAGUCGAUCUAAUAUACUACGUCAGCUAGAGAAUAAAACGGUGGGUUUUAUCGCCGUCGCGACACCUCAGUCACAGCGCAUUGUUUUAGCCGCUGCCGAAUCAGGCCAUGGUUUCGGGAAAUAUGGCGAUGUUCUCGACAGAAAGACCGGCGUACUUCCAAAUAGUGUUUGGGCGAGACGAGUGGUGGCCAUGGGUAAGAUCCUUGGCUUGAAGAUGAGACGCCCCUAUGACAAUCCCCAUCGCAGGGGCACGAACACUGAUGGGAUCUUUCUCGGAUCCCAUGUUGAAGUCAAACUCGCGGUUCAUGGCAUCUGCGUUCUCCUUAAAAUGUUCGGAAUCACCAAAGACUUGGACAACAUCACGAUGGAACAUCUGCACAAGCUUCGUCUCGUUCGCUGGAAUGAUGGCACUCGCCCUGUCUUCGAAGUGUACUUCUCCCGAAAGCACUGCAUUCCAUGCAAGCUUUUGGUAAAAAGGUUGUCAGAAGCUACUGGGGUCACAAUCAGAUUACUGUGGAGGGAUCGACUCGUCAAGAAAGAAUAUCUUAUUCGGAAAACGGACAGAAGUUUUCGUGGUAAAGACCAGGGUCAAGACCAGCCUGUACCUGACCCCCAGGAUUAUGACUUUGGUGACAUCCUCCCUGACGACUCAGACAUAGAAGUCAUAUCCGACGAUGAGGAUAUAAGGAAUGCCGACCAUAUCGACCUGACCGGCAUACGACCCACGUCACCAGCUGGCAUCUCAGCAGAGAUCGACGAUCUUCUUGACGGCCUCGCCUAUCGAGUAGGCCAGAUAGAAGAGUGUCCAGAAGGGGCGACAGCCGCUAUCGUCGGGUUUGCCAGGACUAUGAGUGCUCAUAACAGAAGCAAGAACCUGCUUAGGGACGCAAACGUCAACAAGCCUCUUCCCGCGACACCGGUGAUAGAAGCACCAAUUGACGUACUUGAAAGCGGUGAACGACAGCGAAACACAUUCCCCCGUGCUCAAAGGAGCCUCUUUGGACGAUCACGCGAGCUUGGCGGCGCAAGAGCGAGGAGCGCUUCGCCUUGCAGAAUUAUGAGAGAACCGAUCCGAGACCGUUCUCCUAGACGGUAUAACUUCACAAGUCCGGAAAACUGCUCAGCGAGUGUCGUGGAACAUACUCAAUACAGUUCGCAACCCUGA